AUGCCAUACCGCAGUAUUCCAGGUGGACAACGAAGAUACUCAUACCUACUUCCAUAUUCACGACCCCGUGCGAACCAUCAGGCCCAAACAACCUCAACCUCAACUUCAACAGUGGUAAGAAAAUGGUCAGAUCCUGUUCUACUUCCGUAUCAUAUCAAACGAUCUUCAACUCAAGGUAACGGGUUGUAUUCUAACGCUCCUCUUAAAAGGAUCUCUGAUUUUGAAAGAAUCACCUUUCCUAGUAUUGACAUUAGAUAA